CUUUCGUCUGGCACAUCCAUUUGGUGCGUUGUAUUGCAUAUACACACUGCACGCACAGCUGAGCGCGGUUCAAGGGGUCAGCAUGCCAGAGCACUGACUGAGUUUCCGAAACCAGUUUCCCAGCGCCUGACCGACAACAACAAAAAUUGCUGAGCCCAGCCCUGUGUCGCGUCUAUACCGUGCAGGGAUACCCACCACUGGAGUUCGCCAAGGACUGAGUCUGCCACGUCAUUACUGUUACAGGGAGAAAUUUGACGAGUAAAUUUGCCCUGUAGUGGAACAUUUCACACCAGUUUUGUCGGGGAAAGUCUCACGAUCAGAGUAGCUUGGUUUCAUCACUACUAUCAUCUGUGCAAGAACCAGCUAGCUGACGACAUCUCAGUGUCCAAGAAAGUUGCGGAGCUAGAGCUUCUUGACAUCCAUGAUGAAGAUUCUUAUUGUUCUCUGUCUUGCAUCACUGGCCUGUGCAAACGAGCACGAGAGGCUUGCUGAUCAAGAACUUGCCAACGCCAAGAUAGCUCUUGAUGAACUCACCUAUACAAAGCAGGAGCUGAUCUACAACGUGAUGGGACACGAUGGAGAGAGGGAGACAGGGUAUGAGAAUGAGGUCGAAGACCCAUGUGCGAACUUUGAGUGCAGCAUCGGCAGGGAGUGUACCAUAGACGAGUUCCGAGAGCCAUUUUGUGUGUGUGCCGAGAGCUGUCCUCAAGAAGAGAAUUCCAACGACGCAAUCCACAGGACAAAGGUGUGCGCCACCAACAAUGUCACCUACACCAACCUGUGUGAGUUCCACCGCCGGAAGUGCGAGGACACCAACUCCGAACUCAAGAGGAUCGAUGUUGACUACUACGGAGAAUGUGCAGAAAUGGGAGAGUGUUCCUCUGCUGAUAUGAAGGAAUUCCCUGGCCGCAUGACCAGAUGGUUCAACGACUCCAUAGAUCUGAUCAGGAACCGAGCUGAGGAACACGGAGGACUCACCCAGAAAGAGAUGGAGUUCUUUGAGGAGGGGUGGGGCGAAAAAACCAAUGUCAUCUAUUGGAAGUUCGGCCGCCUUGACAAGAACCCUGCUGACCUCUACCUUACCUUUACUGAGUUGGAAGCUCUUCGUGCUCCAAUUGUCCUCUUCGAACCUUGCACCAAACCAUUCCUUCAGUCUUGUGAUAAAGACGAGGACCGCCAAAUCAGCGCCCUUGAGUUCGGAGCCUGCCUCGAGCUUAAACCAGAGCAAAUCCCAUACUAGUGGCCGAUAGAAGAAUCAAACAGCUUUGAACAACUUCAGCCCACAUCCUCCAUGGAGUGCCACAAGAAAGUCAACUAUAACCCUAUCUCUGUUCUGUCAUCCUUAAGAGGAAGUACCAGAUGACACCAUUUUCGGAAAAUAAGAAAUAAAAAAAAAAUGUCUCAGCAGUCUUGAAUUUCCUUGUUGUUUGACUUGAUCGUGUUAUGAAAACUCGGUGGUCCGUUUUUGAUAAAGAGGAUACCAUUAUUCUUCAAGGGCAGGGGGUCUGUAUAAUGAUGGUGAUGCUGACCAAAUUUCUAGACAUAAUUACUUUGCCACUUUCCCCAAAUAAUUUACUGAUAUUUUUCCUCCUGCUCAGAUGACAGCAGCACAUAUUUUACGGCGUGUGAGCAUUCACACCAAAAUGGAAAUGUUUCAAAAUUACCAGCUUCAAUGAAAAAAAUAUUUAUUAGAUAUCCUACGUUUCCUGCAUGACUUGAUAUUAGUAUUAUAUUUUGAACAGAUGAGUAGGACCACACUAUAACAUGCUAACCCAUUCGGGUGUUUACUUAUGAUAAAUGUAUCCCUAUAUCUAGUGAAUUUAAGAUUUUGUAGGUAACUUUUUGUGAGCUGAUGCGAGGAAAAAAGGCUGAUAUUUUUAACAACUGGAGAAUAUUCAACUUGGUGCUACGUAGUUAAGUUUCCACAAUUGACUAAUGUUUGUAAUUGCUGCCUUGUAAAAUGUGUGUGUGUGCUUUCAAUGAAAAAGCAGUUGUAACUACUCUCCCAGAUGUAACCUCACAUUUUGAUAAACACUCGAGUGACCACAUUUGCAAAACGUUAGGUGAGACACAUUUCUUAUUUAUUAGCUUUCGAGUCCACUAUUGUCUUGCUAAUUCCUGCUAUUAAAACAGUUCAUCUGACAUUUCGACGAUGUGGUCACUCAUUUGCUCUCUUAAAUGUUGAAGUAAAGUUACCCUUCCAGAUGAACUUGGAUUUUUUUUUUCAUACUAAGAAUGAUUGAAUCUGGAGAUGAUAUCGUAUCAUGGUGCCCUGGCCGAGUGGUCUAAGGCGCUCUACUACACCACGAAAGUCUGGGGUUCGAUUUCCAACACGGCUCUUGACCAAUGCAAUUUUCUAUACAUUGCUCCUUUUAUCUCGCAUCAAAUCAAUAAAAAUGCGUUAUGCAUUA